AUGGACACAUUCAUCGACAAAAUAAAAAAUGAAAUUUACGAUCUGCUCCGGUCGAUCGACGAAAUUGUAGUCGACGACCAAAAUGUCAACAUAUAUUUAAAAAUCAGAAGACGGAUUUAUCGCGACGUCGACGCCCUCUUGGGAGAGAUCGUCGAGGCGGUGUGCGGCGAUGUCGAGGCGGUGUGCGGCGAUGUCGCGGACGACGUCGUGAGCGUCCUUUUGGACGAAAUUGUCGGAGUCGUGUGCGAGGAAGCAGCGGAAGAAGUUAUAAUAAAGGAAGACGACGAGACACCGGCCGAGGGCAAAGCGAGGGAAGCGGAGGACACGGAUGAAAUCGACACCGAAGAAGCACCAACGGCAGAAGAAGACCGCUUCACACCUGCACCACGCGGACGCGCCAGGCGUUUAAUGGCCGCCACGUGGAAAGGUGUGAGGCGGGUCACCCGCCUGAUGUCGUGUGGAUGCUUCGGAGGAAGGUGA